GGAGUCCGCCGUCGUGUUAUGCAGCCGCCCGUGGAUGUAACGAACGACGCUCAGACGAAUAUACAGACGAUAGGAGAUGUUGCGGCUGGGACUCCGGCGCCUCCUCCUCCUCCGCAGCGGUGACGCCGGUCGCUGCCUGCGCGGAGAGUCUCGGACUCGGCUCUACAGCCAGGAGGCGCUCGUGUGUUAUCGCCUCACUCACCGGUCCCUGCUGAAGGUCCAGGGCCCGGACACCGCUCCGUUCCUCCAGGGGAUCAUCACCAAUGACGUGGGCGUGUUGGAGGAGCCGAGCCGGCGGCUCCUGUACUGUCACAUGCUCAACGCUCAGGGCAGGACCCUGUUUGACCUCAUGCUGUACAGCCUGAAGAGUGCUGACCUGGGAGGCGGCGUCCUGCUGGAGUGUGACAGCAGCGUGAAAGAGUCCGUACUGAAGCACCUGAAGGUCUACAAGGUCCGCAGGAAGGUCACCUUGGACGCAUGUCCUGAGCUCUCCGUGUGGACAGUUCUGGCUCCACUGAAGACUGAAGGUCAAGAGGUCAGUAGAGCUCAGCUCUCCUCGGCGGGAAAUACCCUCAUAUGUGAGCCUGAUCCUCGGACUCGUGAUAUGGGCUGGAGGCUGGUGUUGGAUGAGCAAGUUGACCCGCUGCAUGUGCUGAGGUCGUGCCACAAAGGGGAUCUGCAGGAAUACCAUAAGCAUCGCUACGCUAUAGGACUCCCUGAGGGGGCGAAAGACCUUCCCCCCGGGGUGGCGCUGCCGCUGGAGUCCAACCUGGUCUACAUGCAGGGCAUCAGCUUCAGCAAGGGCUGUUACAUCGGCCAGGAACUGACGGCCCGGACUCACCACACCGGCGUGGUCCGCAAGCGCCUGAUGCCGGUUCGCUUGUCAGUGCCGGUGCACCACAUGGAGGAGGGGGCUGCGCUGCAGACGCCGUCGGGCAAGCCGGCCGGUAAAUACCGCGGUGGCGUCGGCGAGCUGGCUCUGGGCCUGGUGCGCCUGGCCCAUGCCAGGGAGCCGCUGACGUCUCCCAGUGAUGGCACAGUCACACUGGAGGCUGUCGUGCCCCGGUGGUGGCCAGAAGAAGCGAAGGUGAACUGAUCAAGGUCACGAAUCCAUGACGAGCAUCGCAUGUGACAGGUCCCACUCUGAGCCCGGAGUGUGGUGUGUUUGUGUCACUCUCUGACUGUGGUUUGCCUUUGUUGCGUGUCUAUUCAUGGGACAGUUCUUUGCUUUGACAUUGUGUGUUUGACACGUUCCUGCCUUUCCAGUCAGUAAGUACACUUCACCUUCUGAGUAAUAAACAAGUCUUGAACUGGCCACC